GUAAGGAGGAGGGGCCGAACCAGCGCAAAAAUGGCGGCGUCCUUAGACGAUGAAUUACAGUUGGAUAACCAAGACUAUUAUUCUCUUCUCAACGUCAGGAAAGAGGCCACUCAGGAUGAGCUGAAGGCUUCCUAUAGGAGGUUGUGUAUGCUCUACCACCCAGACAAACACAGAGACCCAGAGCUGAAGAGCCAGGCAGAGCAGCUAUUUAACCAGGUGCACCAGGCCUAUGAAGUGUUGAGUGAUCCUCAGUCCAGGGCCAUCUAUGACAUAUUUGGGAAGAAAGGCCUGGAGGUGGAGGGCUGGGAGAUUGUGGAGAGGAAGAGGACCCCAGUAGAGAUCCGUGAGGAGUAUGAGCGGCUGCAGCGAGAGAGAGAGGAUAGGAGGCUACAGCAGAGGACCAACCCCAAGGGUACCAUUAGCGUGGGAGUAGAUGCCACAGACCUGUUUGAUCGCUAUGAUGAGGACUUUGAGGAGAUGCCAGGAGGAGGAUUCCCUCACAUCGAGAUCAACAGGAUGCACAUCUCCCAGUCUAUUGAGGCUCCGUUGACUAACUCUGACACUGCAAUGCUGUCUGGCUCUCUCUCCACACACAACGGCAACGGAGGAGGCAACAUCAACAUGACUGUCCGCCGUGUCACCUCUGCUAAGGGCUGGGGAGAGUUGGAGUUUGGUGCAGGGGACAUACUGGGACCUCUGUUUGGGAUGAAGGUGUUCCGUAACCUGACUCCACGAUGUUUCCUGACGGCUCAGUGUGGUAUGCAGUUCUCUCCCCGUGGUGUGCGUCCCAGCUGUUCUUUAAUGACAGCUCGUCACCUUGACCAGAACACGAUGGGUUACCUGCAGUGGCGAUGGGGACCCCACAGCUCUAUGACCACUAGUGUGGUCCGAGACACCAAGACCAGCCACUUCACCCUGGCACUGCAGCUGGGUGUACCUCACUCCUAUCUGAUGAUGAGUUACCAGUACAAGUUCCAGGAUGAGGACCAGACCAAGGUCAAGGGAUCGAUCAAGACUGGUUGGUUUGGUACAGUGGUGGAGUAUGGAGCAGAGAGGAAGAUCAGUCGGCACAGUGUCCUGGCUGCUACUGUCAGUGUCGGAGUGCCACAGGGAGUCACCCUCAAAAUCAGGUUGGCUCGUGCCAAUCAGACCUAUCUAUUCCCAGUCCACCUGACAGACCAGCUGCUGCCCAGUGCUGUGUUCUACGCCACUGUGGGGCCUCUACUAGUCUACAUGGCCAUACACAGACUGGUCAUUAUACCAUACACAUGCUCCCAGAAACAACAAGAUCUGGAGCUACAGAGGAAGAGCUCAGAAGUAGACAUGGUCAAGAAGAAACAAGAGGCGGAGUCAGCCAUUCUGCUGAUGCAGGAGUCUGUGAGGAGAAUCAUCGAGGGAGAGGAGUCUAAGAUGGGUCUGAUCAUCCUGAAUGCGUGGUAUGGAAAGUUUGUGACAGACAACAGCACGCACCAAGAGAGAGCUCAGGUUAUAGAUGUUACUGUCCCUCUGCAGUGUCUGGUCAAGGACUCCAAACUCAUACUCACAGAGGCAUCAAAGGCGGGGUUGCCAGGUUUCUAUGACCCGUGUGUAGGAGAGGAUAAGAGUCUGAAGCUGCUGUAUCAGUUCAGGGGGGUGAUGCACCAAGUCCUCUCAGCAGACACUGAGGCUCUACGGAUACCCAAGCAGUCUCACAGAAUCGAUGCUGAGGCGUAGGAACCCUCUGUUAUGGGAGCAACAAGGGGCAAGUGGAGACAGACAGAGACAGACAGACAGACGGACAGACGGGCAGACGGGCAGACGGGCAGGCGGACAGGCGGACAGACGGACAGACAGACAGACAG